AUGGAGUGCCUGUUCGUGAAAAUCUCACUAAGAGAGGUAUGCCUGUUGACAGUGUGUGUCCGUUGUGUGGAACUGAUACUGAAAAUGCUAUGCAUGCUUUGGUCCAUUGUGAGGGUGCGGCUCGUAUCUGGUAUUCGAAUUGACGUCAGUACAUGUGCUUUCUCCUCCUUCUGGUGGAAUUUGUUUUGGAGUCUCCUUUGGGGAAUUUGGCUUCGAAGAAAUGCCUGGAUUUUUGAGAAUAAAAAAGUGGUUGAGUUUGAUGUGAUUAAGAAAGCUGUGAGUGUUGUAGGUGAGUUUGAGAUUGCUCUUGAGGCGUCUUCCGUUGCUGCUCCAACAUCAGCCCCCACUCGUCAGGUGUGGACUCCCCCAAGUGCAGGUUGCUACAAAGUAAACUCAGAUGCUGCUUGUUUCGUGGAUGGUUAUGUGGGUUUGGGUGGUGUUAUGCGAGACCACACUGGGGAUGUAAUGGUUGCUACGUGCGUAAAACAGAAAGGGUGUGGUAAUGUUGAUGUUGCUGAGGCCUCAGCAGCAAGACAUGCUGUUAGCAUUGCUAUUGAAGCUGGUCUGGACAAAAUCGAGUUGGAGACUGACAGUAUGAACCUCUUCAACCUGUCUUGGUUUGAUUGUGCGAGAUAUCCUAGAAUAUGCUAA